GUGGUAAACCUGAUGUCCUCCAAUUUAUUGCGAAUGGCAAACCAGCGGAAAAGUACCAAUUCCCAUGGAUGGUUCAUCUAGAGUUGACUGUUCCCGAUGGAAGUGAGUACGGAUGUGGAGGAACCAUUAUAACGAAGCUCCACGUGCUCACCGCGGCGCACUGUCUGCACAUCAACGGCGCUGAAGUAACCAGCAUCGAUGUGGUCUAUGGACACGUUGAACGGCUCCGGGGCAAAAGGGUGAAAGCCCUGAAGAAGCUAGGGCACCCCUACUACAACGUUUUGUCACACGAAAAUGACAUCGCCGUUAUAAAGGUGGAACGACCAUUCCCGUUUGGGAAAUAUGUAAGGCCUGUAUGCGUUCUCUUGGAACCUGUGGACAUCACCAACACUGAAGCUUUGGUCGCUGGGUGGGGACGUCUCGCAGAAAGUGGGGAGAGAACGAAAUACCUCCAUUACACGUCACUGAGACUUCUGCCGCACGACGUAUGCAAGAGUGUGUACUUCUCAAACUACAACCACGAUGUGAACUACUGCGCGUACAAGAAAGACACGGACACCUGCCAGGGUGACUCCGGUGGACCACUUAAAAUCAAAACCACUACUGGUAUAUACGUGCAAGUUGGAAUAAUCUCUCAUGGGAUUGGCUGUGCUCAAGAAGGCGUGCCUGGGGUGUACACACGGGUGGAUGCAUUUGCUUCAUGGCUGACCGAGGCUGUGGCGUCCGACGAAGGCUACGAGGAAUUUCCCAACGCACCUCUGCGGCAGCCCGUGCAAUACCAAGCGCACGAACUGCCUCGACUCUCUCGUUCUGAGUAAAUUUAUCUGAGAAUACAGUGUGUAUCAUUGAG